AUGUCGCAUGUCCAUCCACCCCGAAAGAUCCUACUCGUAGCAACAACUGGUGGCUUCACACACGCCGCCCCAGUUCUAGAGCUAGGUCGAGUCCUCGCUGACCGCGGGCACUACAUCGAGUUCGCAACACUGGACAGCCAAGAAUCAUGGAUCCAACCGGACUACGGAUUUAUCGCCAAAGUCCACCUCCUCGGCCCCGGCCCAACGGCCGAGCAGCUGGAUGCCCACUAUCGGCGAAUGCAGGCUUGGGAUGUCCGGAAGGGCAUCGAGCCGACCUUGGUGUCUAAGGCGAUGUUCGACACCUUCUGGCCGCAGACAUAUCGGGGGCUCAACAGGAUCAUGAAUGAUCCAGUUACUCGCCCGGAUAUGAUCAUUGCGGACUUUUUUGCUGAGGCUGCGAAUGAUAUUCUUGUUGAGUAUCGCUUGCCUAUUGCGAUUGUGUGUCCUAAUUGGCCGCCGCUACAGUUGCCUUGUUCCUAUAUUCCCGGUCAACCUGGUUUUCAGCUUCCGGGUACUUUGACCUCGGAAAAUGCUUCGAUGUGGCUGCGUUUGAAAAAUGAGUUGGUCAUUCUGUUUGGUUUGCCAGCUAUUAUGCGGUUGUUCAAGCAGACUAGGGCUAUGCGCAGGGAACAUGGUGUCUUUUAUCCCCUGCACAAGCCCAAGAAGCCGGACUAUCUGCUGUUUGUCAAUUCUUUCGUGGGGCUAGAGAUUCCACGGGAUCUUCCUCCCAGUUGCGCCCCUGUUGGUCCGCUUUUGUGUCCUACAUGGGCUCCCCUGGACACAGAAUGCGAUGCCUUCUUAAACAGCCAUGAUUCCGUGCUAUACAUCGCCCUCGGUACACACAUCAUCCUGCCGCAUGAAGACGUGAUCCGUAUCAUGAACGGAGCUAUCCAUCUAAUGGAAGAAGGCCUAAUAGACGGUGUAAUAUGGGCAAUUCCCAAAACCGGGCGUGCUGACAUCGACGGCAGCGAAACAGUCCAAAUGAAAAUCAAUUCAAAGGAAGACGAGAUGUCACUUAACAACCUACUAGCAAACAAACACCGUAAUUGGCUCUUCCAUUUCUUCGCUCCACAGCGCGCCAUCCUCGCCCACGACUCCACAAAACUCUACUUCACGCACGGCGGCGGCUCAAGCGCAAACGAGGCAUUGUACCACGGGAAACCAAUGCUUUCAAUGGGUAUAUUCUUCGACCAAACGGCAAACACAACCAGACUGGUAGCUGGUGGUGUUGCGGAGUCUCUUGACAAGUUCCAUUUUACGUCUGAUGAGAUAUAUACGAAGGCUAGGAAGAUUCUCGAGUCUGGCGAAAACUGGUCUUAUGCCCGUAAUGUGCUACGGCUGCAGCGUAUUGCUCACGUCGCGGCUCGCCGCAAGUUUUACGCGGCUGAUCUUGUGGAAGAGGUUAUUUAUGACCAUGAGUUGAGAUUUGAUAAAGAUGGCAGAGAGCUGCGGCCGAUGCAUUUGCAGACUGCUGAUUCGAGGAUGGCUGUGUGGAAGGUCAAUAAUUGGGAUCUUUAUGCUGUGAGUGCGGUUGGGUUGGUGGCUGUUUUGGGGUCGAUGGGGGUUGCUGGUAGGUAUCUUUGGUCGAGUCGAGAGCCUUUGAGAUCUUUUCUCAUCCAUGGCUGGUCAGCCCUCGACAUUGCUGCUUGA